AUGGCGGGCAAAACGUACGUCGUUGAGCAUCUAGAUGACGAGCUUGGUCCCUGGUCAGAGUUAGAGUAUCUCACUAUCGCAAAAGAAUGUCAUGAAGCAGGAGCGCGGUUCUGCUUAUCUUCCGUACCUUCAAAUCUUGUAUUACCAGAGACUUUAAAGGCAGCGCCCGGUUUGACAGCAGAGGGGGAAAGCGUUGAAGUCUUGUACGCUGACAAGAAGUCCCGUGUCUGCUUGUUGGACCCCUCAGCGAGCAAAGAAUUGAGCCCAGAGGAUAGCGACGCAUUUGAGAUAUUUCUGUUUGGAGGAAUUCUGGGGGAUGAUCCGCCUAGAGAUCGAACGUCGGAACUGAGGAAGAAAGGAUAUGAGAACCGCCGGCUUGGUCCUAAGCAGAUGACUACAGAUACUGCUGUAAGGGUAACAAGAAUGAUCAUUCAGGACAAGUUACCGCUCGAUAAGAUUCCGUACGUAGAUGAUCCAGAAUUACGGGUUAACAAGAAUGAAAGCACCGAAAUGCCGUUUCGAUAUGUCGUAGGUGCGAAUGGGGAGCCAAUAAUGCCAGAAGGCAUGGUCGAAUUGAUAAAGAAGGAUACCGAGAAAGGAUUUGGAGACUUGUUCUGA